UUCAAAUUCUACAAAUUAAAUAAUUUAUUUGAGACAUGUGGGAAAUUAUGAAAAUUUUACAAUGCAGAUUAAGUUUUACACCUUUACAUCGUUUAUCCUUUCAUAAUUUUCCUGUAUACUGUAAAAAAAGUCUGUUAGAAAAAUUUGAUAAACCAUCUGAGAAUUGGCUCAAUUAUAAUAAGGUAAUUUACCCACCGCAAAAAGAAGGAGAGCUGCCAAGACCGGCAGAAAUAUUUCAUGAAAGGCGAAAUAUAAAAUAUAGCAAAGAUAAAUUAUGGUACCAGGCAAUAAUUAUAAGAGGUAUGUCAAUUGACGAGGCUAUUAAGCAAUUAACAUUUUUACCUUAUUAUGGGGCCAAAGUAAUUAGAGAAGUUUUGCUCGAAGCUCAAAAUUUAGCCGUUAAACAACAAAACGUGGAAUUUAAAUCGAAUUUAUGGGUUGCGGAAUCUUUUACAUCCAAGGGAGUAACUAUUAAAGGUAUCAGAAGACAUGCGAAGGGUAAAAUCUCAUUGGUUAAAUACGGUUAUUGCCAUUACUUCGUGAGACUCAUAGAAGGCCAGCCUCCUGCAAAAUAUUAUCCCACUCCCAAAAUUGGAUUUGAACAGAUUAAGGAAUACAUUGAAAAGGGCAGAGAAAGGAUGAUCGAAUAUGGAUUAUAAAAUUAGGGAAAUUAUUACGAUAAAUAUAAAUGAUGCGAUGAUUAUUUGAUCAGAAUAAAAUUGUAUAUAUUUGUUUAA